AUGUCUGUAAUGCAACAAAAUCUUUCAGUUGAACCAAAAUCUAAAAAACGAAAGAUCGAUUCAGAGAUUAAUAAUUCAUCUUCUUCUACGAAUUGUGAUCACUUUUUCGUUCGUUACGGAAUCUGUUGUAAUUGUAGAUCAAACGUAGAGAGACAUAGAGGACGAUCAUUCGAUUACCUAGUUGAUGGAUUACAGUUAAGCGACAUAGCAGUCACGGUUACAAAGCGAGUCACAACACAAAUCACUUGCUUUAACGACAAGAAGCUUCACUUGGUACUUGACUUGGACCACACGCUUCUUCACACCGUUAUGAUUUCGAAUCUUACUAAAGAAGAGACGUAUCUAAUCGAAGAAGAAGAUUCAAGGGAAGAUCUACGGAGGUUAAACGGAGGAUACUCAAGCGAGUUCUUGAUAAAGCUUAGACCUUUUGUUCACGAGUUUCUUAAAGAAGCUAACAAGAUGUUUUCCAUGUAUGUUUACACGAUGGGAGAUCGUGAUUACGCAAUGAAUGUGUUGAACCUGAUUGAUCCGGAAAAAGUAUACUUUGGAGAUCGAGUGAUAACUAGAAACGAGAGUCCUUAUAUUAAGACGCUUGAUCUUGUUUUAGCUGAUGAGUGUGGUGUUGUGAUUGUGGAUGAUACUCCUCAUGUUUGGCCUGAUCACAAGAGGAAUUUGCUAGAGAUCACCAAAUACAAUUAUUUUAGUGACAAGACAAGACACGAUGUGAAGUACACGAAAUCUUAUGCAGAGGAGAAGAGAGACGAGAGUCGAAACGAUGGAUCUUUGGCGAAUGUUUUGAAAGUUAUCAAGCAAGUUUAUGAAGGAUUCUUCAGUGGAGGAGUUGAGAAAGACUUAGAUAUUGAUUCAAAGGAUGUGAGGUUGUUGCUUCAUGAUGCACGUAGACCAAAGUUCUACUGCUAA